GUUAACUGCUUACCUUGCCCGUCAGGAAAUUAAGAAAAUUAAUUUUCAACCAGUAAAAGCUUUCAUCAUAGGCAGCCAGUCCCCAUGUCAUGUCAUCUAUAAAAACACCCAAAAUUAUUCUAGUGUCAAGCGUAUGAGCAUUUAUAUAUCUACCCAAAACUCUUUAUCUAUCAUUUGCACACGAAAUCUUAGUUCACCCAUUCUCUUUCUAUGCCCUUUUCUCUCUGGUAAAAUUUUCCAGGUUGUAUAAAUUUAUCUCCAAUGUUGCCCAUCUGUUGAAAGUAGGCCCUGGAAGUGAAAAACUCCGGCCUCGGAAACUCUCGAAAGUAGGCCUGGAAAUCCGAAACUAUGGCUAAACCAGGUAUCUUGCUUCUUUCCAUAGUAAUGGCUUUCGCCUGCUUGGAUUUCAGAGUUCAGGUUUCUGCUGAGGAUACUGAAGAUAUUCCUGUUCAUGGUGCCCGGUUUCAUGAACAAAUGCUCCGAAUGCAGGAGUUUAAAAACUCGCUCAUUCACGGCGAAUUCGCAUCCUCCAUUUCUCCUGCUCCUGCCUCUAGCUUUGUUCCUCCAUCUCAGGAAAAACCAGGUCCAAGAGUGUAUCGUGUGACAUCAUAUGGUGCUGACCCUUCUGGGAAAUCAGACAGCACAGAGGCAAUCCUGAAGGCAAUAUCAGACGCUUGCAAUGGAACCAGUCAAGGGACUUUGAUACAGGGAAUUAGUAAUCUUGGAGGAGCUCAGAUUUUUCUUGAGGGUGGAAAUUAUUUAAUCAGCAAGCCUCUACGGUUGCCGGCCGCUGGUGUAGGGAAUUUCAUGAUUCAUGGAGGAACAAUAACAGCCUCAGACAAUUUUCCUACAGAUGGAUAUCUAAUUGAUUUAUCAGCAGCAACUUCAUCAUCUUCAGCCAAUAAACAAGAAAUCAAUCAAACUUCAACUGUUUCUCAGGUGCUUGCUUCAGGAUCCUCUUACAACUUUGAAUACGUAACCCUCAGAGACCUUAUGCUAGAUUCCAGCUUCAGGGGUGGAGGCAUUCUGGUCGUAAAUUCUCUCAGGACUGGCAUUGACAAUUGCUACAUUGUCCAUUUCAAAACCAAUGGCAUUCUGGUCCAAAGUGGCCAUGAAACUUACAUCCGAAACUCAUUUCUUGGCCAGCACAUCACUGCCGGUGGUGAUCCUGACGAACGGAACUUCUCGGGCACGGCAAUUAACCUGAUGGGGAAUGAUAACGCCGUCACUGAUGUUGUAAUUUUCUCAGCUGCUGUAGGCAUUAUGGUUUCAGGUCCAGCCAACACAUUUUCUGGGGUCCAUUGCUACAAUAAGGCCACAGGUUUUGGUGGCACUGGCAUUUAUUUAAAGCUUCCAGGAUUGACACAAACCAGAAUAAUUAAUUGCUACAUGGAUUACACUGGCAUUGUUGCUGAGGACCCUGUCCAGCUUGAUAUUUCUAGCAGUUUCUUCCUAGGGGAUGCAUUCAUUCUUCUAAAAUCAAUCAAUGGCAUCGUGAACGGGGUCAAUAUAGUCGAUAACAUGUUUUCUGGCAGCGAUAAUGGGGUUGGAAUAGUUCAACUAGAUCAGUCCAAUGGAGCCUUCAGUAAAAUUGAUCAAGUUGUGGUGGAUAGGAACAAUGUUAAGGGGAUGAAUUUGAAAGCAACAGUUGGAAGAGGCUCAAUGCAGGGGAAUGGAACCAAUUGGACAGUUGAUUUUAGUUCAGUUUUGCUAUUUCCUAAUCUUAUAAGCAAUGUUCAGUAUUCUUUAAUGACAAGUGACAGUUCCUUCCCUGACCAUGUUCUCCGGAAUGUGUCGGCGAAUAAGGUCGUGAUCGAGUCCAAUAAGGCGAUUCCUGGCAACGUUUUCGUUACGGUGAAUCAAGGAGGAACAAAUUGAAGCUUAGCUCAAUUGAUUUGGUCAUGGAGAUCUUGCCUCAUAACUGUGAAUAGAGUUCAACAUGUAUACGCAUUUCCUCAUGGACCAUAUCAAUAUAAAUCCCAAAUAAUAAAAUUCAGCUUUUAUUUGUUUGAA